AUGGCGAUCUAUAACAUCAUCUUGGCUGUCCUCCCUGUGCUGGCCGUCGUCGCCGGUUCUCCUCUCAUCCAAGAACGCGCCGGCGGUCCCGAAGCGAUCCCAAUCCCAGCGAACUGCACAACGAUCAACCCGCUGCCCCAUGCUUCCUGCGGCGUGGGCAAUGUGAGCGGUUACCGCGUGAGCGACGAAUUCAGCAAAGCCAAUGCCGGAUACUACGCCUAUUACGGCGCGACCGGCAGCGUCGCUGAGGCCAGCGACUUUUGUUUCAAGCAAACCUACGGAUACGGCAGCAGGGGCACGUACAAAGCUGCCGUGUUUGCGUACAACGCCCCGACACCGAAAGGCUACUUCGGAUCCAAGGGCGGCGAGCUGACCAAUGCCUGUCUCAUGUACAAGAAACCCCUUACGCCACUGGAUUUCGUCAAGGCUGAGGAUGGUCAGUUCACGAACGCGACCGCCAUCUCGAUCUACUGUCCUGCGUAA